GCUGUCAGUGUUGAUGUUGUGUCCGCGACGCGUGCACGCAGCCCCCGACCGUCCGAGUGAAAGUCGCGCAGUACGAGUGUGUCGAUCUUCGUUUGUUUUGUUUGCACGUUGCGACUUGCGCCAGCGCAACGAAAGGAGGUCGGCCCCGGCCGCCGCAGCCUGUGCCCUGUGCACACUAUUGUGGUAUCACCGAAUUAAUUUCACUCAGGUAAUCGUCAUGAAAUUGUUGGGAAAAAACAUCGUGCCUAAAGUUCGCCGCCUCGCCUAGUGUUAGUGAAGUACCAGUGACGCAAAAAUCGAACAAUGAGCGGAAGCGAGCCGACGCUGACGGAGUCGCCGGUGCCGCUGGCGCUGGCGCGGCUGCAGGGCCGGCCGGGGCGGCUGCCGCGCGCCUUGCGCACGCACCGCCCCAGCCUGCCGCUCGCCAGCCUGCAGGAGGCCGCGGACGAGACCUCGCGCCGCUACAGCGAGGAGCCCUACACGCCCGACACCGACGACGACGACGCCUUCGCCGACGUCGUCAUAGCGCGGCCGUUCCCGUCGGCCUCGAACGGCCGGCGAGCGUCCGACGCGACGUUCGCCGAGCGCUACCGGAAGCUGAACGAAUUCGACGGCCCGCCGCCGGAGGUGCGGCGGGCGUCGCUGGCCGUGCCCGUCGCCGCCGACGGGCUCGCGUCAGGCGACAAGGGACGGCGCCGCUCGUGGGCCGCCAAGCUGCAGCUGGAGCGCAAGAAGCGCCGCAAGUCCGGAGGCAACGACACCGACGAGGAGAACGACAGCCCCGUCUACAUCAGACAGAAGAGGCCCUCCUGGUGGAACGUCUUCAUGCCCGACAACAUGCUCAAGAACAGGUCUAGGCGAGCCUCGCAGCAGCUGUCGAGGAGCGCUGAGAGCAUCGAUCAGUCGUUCAAGAGGUCCAAGAGUCGUUCUGUCGACCAUGGCUUCGCCGCUCCCUUCGACCUCGAGACUCUGCGCUCGAAGGUGGAGGGCCGAUUCGACGCUGUUAACAGAGACGAGGACGAACAUAUUAAGAGGUUACCGCCCCAGCCUAACAUCAAGACUAUGACCUACACGGUGCGCGACAGGGACACGCUGACGUCGCUGGCGGCGCGGUUCGACACGACGCCGUCGGAGCUGACCAAGCUGAACCGCCUCGCCACCCAGUUCAUCUUCCCCGGACAGACGCUGCUCGUGCCAGAUAAGAGAAAAGAUGGUGAUAAGGAGUCGGACGGGCCGUCCGAGAGCGGCGAUAACACAUCCGAGUCCACGCAGAGCGCGCAGAAUGAGCCGGCGCAGGAGAAAGAGAUCCUGGACAGCCUGCGGCCCGUGUCGCCGGAGGCGCCGGCCAGCACCGCCCCGCAGCGCUUCCUCAAGAUCAACGUCCGCCAUAUCACUGAUGGACAGGGCGUGGUAUCAGGAGUUCUGCUGGUGACGCCGAACGCCGUGAUGUUCGACCCCAACGUGUCCGACACGCUGGUGAUGGAGCACGGGCCGGAGUCGUACGGCGUGAUAGCGCCGAUGGAGUACGUCGUCAACGCCGCCAUCUUCUACGACAUUGCGCACAUGCGCACGCACGGCCCCGACCAUGGGACGCACAAAGUGGAGCAAGCUGAAAUCUACUACAUGAGUAACAAGGCCGAACAUUCGCCCGGCAAAGAUUCGCUUCUAGUCAAGGACGAGACAUUCCCCGAGCUUGCAGGCGCGGGCGGGGCGGGUGGAGAGGGUGGGGAGGGCGGGGACACGCUCCACGCCUCCGCCGAUACAGAGGAACGUGGCGGCGCCGCCUUCCCUAAGGCGUUCGACCGGGACUUGGUCACGCCCACAUCGCUUCAGCAACAAACCACAGAGGACCGGAGAAAAUCUUUACUCGACCAUCACUGGGCAAUACCAAGCAAGGACAGGAUGUCCAUCGAUCAAGGAAGCGAAGUAUCAUCCAACGCUGACGGCGGUAAGGAAGAGAGUCUCGAAGUGUCCGGCGCCGAGGGCUCCGAGAUGGAGCGAGCGGAGAGCGCAGCGGGCAGCGUGGCGGGUAGCGUAGCUGGUAGCGUGGCGGGCAGCGGAGCGGGCGACGCCGCGGACGAGGAGCGUCCCGAAGCACACCACCUCGUCAAACUGUCUUACCAUGAUUCCGGCAUUGAUAUCAGGGAUCCGCUGCUGCAUGUGAACACGAAUAAUAAUAAGAAGGUAUACAGCGACGCGGACAUAGUUCUAUCCGCGGAUUGGGUUCCCCCCGUGUGUCUGCCGCGCGCCGAACCGCCGCUGUCCGCGCCGCCGCUAGGCGAGAACGAGAGGCCGCGUAAAAGUGCCGCCGUCUCUUUCUCGCUCGACGGCAACCAGAAGGAGGAUAAUACCAAGCCUGAUAAGAAGAACAAGAUGCUAAAACGCUUAUCUUACCCUCUAUCCUGGGUAGAGGGUCUAACUGGGGAGGGGCAAGCUACCGCCCCCAGUUCUCAAAGCGACUCCCUGCCAACUUCCGCCGAUAGCCACACGAGCGUAUUCUCCAAAGUUUUCAACAGGCGGAGCUCGCUGGGCGGAUUCGGUCGCUCGCACAGCAAGUCGGUGUCCAGCGCGCAGCCGAGACUGGACUACCGCAGCAUGGUCUCAGUAGACGAUAUGCCAGACUUGUUCGCGUCUUUCGAUAAGCUGAUCCCCCGUCCGGCGCGCGCGUCCGACGACCCGCCACUGUACCUGCGCCUGCGCAUGGGGCGGCCGGCAGGGCGGCCCCUCCCCCGCUCCACCCCCCUCAUGUCCUACGGCCGCAAGCGCAUGAAGCCCGAGUACUGGUUCGGCGUGCCCAGAAACAGGGUGGACGACCUAUUCAAGUUCCUGACGCACUGGGUGCCGGACCGGUACGGGCCGCUGGGCGACGUGGCGGCGCUCGCGGCGCAGGGCUACGAGCUCAUCGACAGCGACACCGAGUGGGACGACGACGAGCCCAAACAGGGCCAGAAGGAACGCACUGGCAGUUCAGGGGAUGUGUCUGAUAUCACAAGAGAAUCUUGGGAGCUGCUGAAGGCGCCGUAUGUGAAAAUAUAUUCUAUAAUGAAGAGUCAGGCCGAGGCCUUGGGUGACUCCCUCGGAGAGGAACCCCAGCCAGAGGUGCUGUCUAUGAGCGAUGAGCUGCGGCGGGCGUUGUACUCGUCGGGCGCCUCCGUCGACAUGGAGUUCUCGCCGCCCGACCUCAUCGGCACCUCGGAGAUAUUCACCAUGGAGCACAGAGAGAAGCUAUGCAGCGUUCUGCCGGCGCGCGCGCAAGGCUACAUGUGGUCGCUGGCGUUCAGCACCAGCCAGCACGGGUUCUCGCUCGCCUCCAUGUACCGCAAGAUGCAGCGCGUCGACAGCCCCGUGCUGCUCGUCAUACAGGACACAGACAACAACGUAUUCGGUGCACUGACGUCCUGCGCGUUCCACCCGUCUGAACACUUCUACGGCACAGGGGAAUCCCUGCUGUUCUCCUUCCAACGGGUCAAGGACGAGCGCCGUCCCUCUCAGACACCCGCAGAAGAUAAGGACAAGGAUAAAGAAGAUAAGAAGGAGGAGGAGAAAGAAGAAGAAACUGAAACAUUCAAAACCAAAUUCAAGUAUUGGGGAUGGACGGGAGACAACAUGUACUUUAUCAGAGGAAGCAACGACAACAUAUCAAUUGGUGCCGGAGACGGCAAAUUCGGCCUAUGGCUGGACGGCGACCUGUACCUGGGCCGCACGCAGCGCUGCACCACGUACGGCAACGAGCCGCUUACCACGCGCGAGGACUUCAUCGUCAAGAUCAUGGAGUGCUGGACCUUCAUCUGAGCGGCCCCGCCCCCCCUGCCCCCCGCGAGACUAGCCCCGCCCCCGCUCGCGCACAUCUAGUCAAACGUACUGAAACUUGACCAAUGGCGGCGCGCAGCGUGCUAGAGUGCAUUGAAUCCUAGUCAAUUGUCGAUCGUAUGUCGCGAGGGCCACCCCCGACUAACGUGUCAAUUCAAUUUUAUAUUGUGCAUUGUUGUUAAGAACUUUAGAUAUUUGUAAUGAUUUAAAACGAAAUCGUACGUUACGUAGAGGUUUACAGUUUAGGCGCCGUAUUGGUGUUGCCUCAAUGUGGCUAGCGCGCCCCUAGCGUCCCGCGCGGACGGACAUGUUCAGUUUGGCGCCGGCGCUGCGCGUGUUAUGUUGUUGUGUAUGUAUGUUAGUCGUGUUAAGUUAGUGGACAUCGCUCGUGUUACACUUUCGCUGUGAUUUGAUUUUAUGAUUGCAUUUUACUGUUCGAAGUGUGUGACUCUUUAAUUUAAUAUGAUAUUUUGUAGUUAACCGAAUCGAGUAAAAAUGAAAUAUUGCUUUAAAUUAUAGUUUUUAGUCGAAACGUAAACGCCAAACGGUAUGUUCGCGUAGAUUAUCGGAUAUGUAUUUCUAAAUUGGAGCGUAUUGAUAUUUUUUAUGGUGUAACGCUUCAGUACAGAAACGAGUAGCCGAUACAGUAUAUUACCUAGUGAAGAUUUAUUGAGUAGUUCUUAGAGAGCUUGAUCGAUGUACUCGUCAUUGUGCUUAGUAAUUUUGUCACUUAGCAUGAUGUUACUCAGAUUUAAUCUGGUCGUACUAAUUUAUUUAUCAAAUGUAAUGUGCUUACGGAGGCGACGGUUUAAGCUUAAAUGUACUGGAGUUGCUUUAGAUUCUGGUAUGGCAAGAGCCAUUUUAGUUAAUCGUGUUUAUGAUGUACGUUAUUAUGCAGAAGUUAGACUCGUUUUGCAUAGUGAAUAUAUUACUUUCGCUUACCACGGCUGUGCUCGCUGCCUGAGUCGAGGGUUAGCCUGGUGCUACAUAUUCCCGAUCGUACUACGAGCAGCCGGCCUCCCGAACUCCUAUACGAUAACAAUAAUGUGCAAUAUGUAGCUAAGACGAAGAUUACCAAAUGCACUUUGUAUACAUGUAUUAAAGAUUUGUUAGAGGUUGAUCUAUUCAGAAUAUAUCCUACAUAUCUUAUAGCUUUGAUCUGUUUAGUAUUGGGUAAAGUAAUCCUACCAAUAAAAUAUUCUGGAUAUUCGGCUGGAAUGUAACUAACGCUAUGUUUUUCGCCGACAAUUUUUAUGAGAAUAUAAAUUAUUUUUUUAAGUAUCACUAGAGGAAACUAUAAAAUAUGUAGUAUUAAAUUUAGCGAGCAUUUUUAAUUUGAAUAUAUGAUCUAGCCUAGACCUGUUUUAGAAAUGAAUGUUGAAGCUAAGCACCUACAGUAUACUGUCCUCGCAACCUGUUUACUUUUAUUAAAAUAUUUUCGAUGACGAGAGAAAUGGUUCAGAAUUAUAACGGCAUAAUUAAUUGUUAAUAAUAAUUAUUAUAACAUUGUUAAGUAGCAACGAGAAGUUUAAUAUUUAUUUAUUGUUCUAAUUAUUUCCAUCUUGAAUUAUUGUAGCUGUAUUACUUUCAUAUGAUCUAUUAUGUAAUUUCUAAGUUGUUAAAAAUAAAAAUCAAAGCCAUAAUAACUGAGAAUAUAUUCUUUUGAAAAAAUAAA